CCGCGUCGUCAGUUAUGUCUAACGGGUCCCACUGAUAUUAGCUCUCCAGGGCAAGAGAAGAAAGGGAAAUGGGAUAACGAAGCCUGUGACCUCAACUGGUAGAAGGGGAACUCCAAAAUCUCACAGCUCUUCACCGCUGCUUCUCGCAGCUACGUGCAGAAAUGAACCUGGCGUUUUCUACAUCCUUCUGUCCAGCUAGUGGAGACAGAGCCUUUAUCAAGAUUAAGCCUUCUAGCUUAAGCCUUGAUGCGACCAGAAAAAUGGCCUUUCGGAAAAAGUUUCCUUGUUCAGCAACUAUAGCUGCCGAUAUGAGUCGGGUAUCUGAGUUUGACAUAGAGAACAAAAAGCAUGAUCUAUUAAGAGCUGUCCAAGACACACAACGAGGGCUUGUUACCACUGCUGAUCAACGCUCUCUCAUUGAAGAGGCUCUGGUGAGCUUGGAGGGUUAUAACAUGGGUGCGCCAAUUGACCUGGUGAAGUUGGAUGGGACAUGGCGCCUGCAAUAUACUUCUGCGCCCGAUGUCCUUGUUCUUUUGGAAUCAUCUGCUAGGCUUCCUUUCUUGCAGGUCGGGCAGAUCUUCCAGAAGUUUGAAUGUCGCAAUCAGUCUAAUGGAGGUAUCAUUCGUAAUGUUGUUCAGUGGAGUGUUCCAACAUUGUUAGAGGAACAAGAAGGUGCUACUCUCCUUGUUUCUGCAAAAUUUGAUGUUGUUUCAGUGCGCAACAUCUAUCUUCAGUUUCAAGAGAUAAGUGUUCAAAAUAUUAAAAUUAGCGAAGAGCUGCAAGCUUUAAUAGCUCCAGCACUACUACCACGCACAUUCCUAAGCCUACAGAUUUUGCAGUUCAUACGCACUUUCAAGGCACAAAUUCCUGUAAGAAACCCAGCAAAUCCAGGGAGGAGAUCUGUGGGAGGACUAUAUUAUCUUUCCUAUCUGGAUAGCAAUAUGCUUUUAGGGCGUGCUGUUGGAGGUGGUGGAGUAUUUGUUUUUACUAAAGCUCAGCCUCUGGACUUAUGAGAAACAAACUUGUCAGAUCUUAUACCUACAGCACCUUGUUUUACCCAGGAUCUAGAAACCAAAAAAUUGAUUUGAAAGUGGCAAGAAGGAAAGUGCGGUGUUUAAAAUCAAGCAUCGACCAAGAAAAAGUGUCCAAUACCUGCCAACAGUAAGACGUAUUUCCAGAGUAACCAAUGCCCUCAUGUGGGUUUUUUUUCUUUUUUAACACUUCGAAGUUCCACAGAAGAAAAGGAAAUUCCAACACGAGGGAAAAGAAUGGAAUCCUCUCGCUUUAUUAUGUGUAUUAAUACUUGGUUUAUUUAAUUGCUAUAAGAUUUUCAUGUAAA